CCGUUUGCGCUUUGACCCUGUGAAUUAGUUGCAGCAAAGAGGUAGCGCGCCGGAAAGCUGCAGGAUAGCAGAGAAUAUAGUGCUCCAAACAUCAACAGAAGACCUGCAAACACGUCCAGUAUAUCCACGUACAUCUCCAGGUCAACACACUGUGUCGCUUGUGUCGUAAAAUAAUUCCCCAAAGGGACCGAGGGCUCAAAAGGACUGGUUUGCUCAGGCGAAGUCGACAUUGUGGCUAACAUAAGGCCCAGCUAGUGCUAGCCGAGGAGCUUUACUUUUGUACCAGCUAAAGCAAAACAAGGAAUGAGUAAUGACUUCUGUGGUCGUGUCAGACGGUGGAGGAAACAUUGUGGAGUAUGUCACCGUCGUGGAGGAACCACAGCAGUGUGUGCAGCAUCCUGAAGAGGAGGAGGAAGACGAGGAGGAGGUAGAGACAGUGAUCAUAGAGGGCAGCGAGGAGGUGGAGGAUGAUGUGGAUGAGGAGGAGGGUACAGUGCUGCAGGAGGAGGACUGUCCAGCUGUAAUUGUGGAGGAGGUGCCCAGUGCCCAGGUGGAGGAGUGCUACUCAGCCCAGGUCCUGGUCUACAACGACGGGACAUAUUUGAUGCAGGACGUGGCUGAAGAGCAGGAGGUGGUCACUGAAGUGGCUGAAACUGUGGAGAUGUCAGGUCAUGACAUGGUUUCUUUUGACAAAACCUUUGAAGCAGCUGAAGCUCUUCUCCACAUGGAGUCUCCUGGAGGAUUGCACAGUGAACGCAACACAGCAGAGGAUGUGAUGAUGGAGACAGUGGUGGAAGUGUCAACAGAGUGUGGGCCUUUAGAAGAAGAGUCCUUCCCUAUCUCUCCUGAAUGUGAACCUGCUGCCAAGAAGAAGCGAGGAAGUGGACGUAAGCCAAAGUUACACCAGCCUGCCUCCAAUGGCUCCUUCGAUUUAGGGAUCAAGAAAAGACCAAGAGAGGGCAAAGGUAACACCACCUAUCUGUGGGAGUUCCUACUGGAGCUGUUGCAGGAUAAAAACACAUGUCCCCGCUACAUCAAGUGGAUGCAGAGAGAGAAGGGAAUCUUCAAACUGGUCGACUCCAAGGCCGUGUCAAAACUGUGGGGGAAACACAAGAACAAGCCUGACAUGAACUACGAGACCAUGGGCCGAGCCCUGAGGUAUUACUACCAGCGAGGGAUCCUGGCAAAGGUCGAGGGCCAGCGUCUGGCCUACCAGUUCAAAGAAAUGCCCAAGAACAUACGCGUCAUUGAUGAGCAAGAGGAGGAGGGUGAGGAUGUGGAAGACGGUGAGGGUGUGGUGUCUGCUCAGCACCUAGCUCACCAACAGGGCUCUGCAAGUCUGGGCAGCACCUCUCUUGUUGGCCUCCAGCCUCAACAGACCUACGUCACUGUUAUCCCUAGCAACACCACCACCAGGCAGUGGGGGUCGACGCGACAUGUUGUCCUGUUCUCUCUGUCUGGCUGUAGGCCCAUCCGAGCCAUGCCAGUAGUCAUGACCAACUCACUAGGUCAGGUGACAUUAAACUCUACGUCCAUUCUCACCACCACCACUGGAGUCCCUGUAACUGUGGCAAAUGCCAUGGCCAGCACUCCAUCCAAACUGGUAAUCCAGGCUAUGCCCACUGUGCUGCCCACAAGCUCCAAAACAGGAGAGAAGAUUACCAUUAUCACCAUUCCAGCCAACCAGCUGGCCACACUCAUGCAGGGUAAUCCAACAGGCCAUUUAACACAGCUCAUCCAGGCCAAAACCUUCACCACGCAUCUGCCACAACACACUGUGGAACCGUCUACAGUCCAGGUGAUGGCCAGCAGCUGCUCGGCACCGCAGCUCAUCCUGGCCAAACCAGCAGCACUGGCUCAGAAGCUGCCUCAGCUGCAGGUGAGCCACCCUCACACCACACUGGCCAAAGUCCCUACUCCACAACCAAAGCCCCCCCUCUGUCAGCCCGAGGCAGUACAAUCAGAAGUGGUCAUCGCAGAGGUGCCACAGCCCUCCAGUCCAGCAACAGCGUCAGGAAAGACCCAGUUAUCCUAAAAGCAGAAGGCUAGAGGAAGUAACCAUGGACAUGGACACAGCCCCUACAGACCCCCCCCCCCCCAAUCCACUCUCUGCUUAUUGGUAUUCAGGGAAACUGAAGCCACAACCAAGAAUUAAAGGGACAAUUGCACACGCACUCACAGGUCCUUCAGAGGACAUGGGCAGCCUUAGAUUGUACAUUAAAAACCUCCUCCAUGUAAUCAGAUCUAAAAUACAAAGCCCAGUGAGACUUUGUUGCAAACACAAGUGUAAAAAGCAUUUUUGAUACUCAGCAGCUAUGUCAAAGUCCAGGUGUAUUUAGAAAAAUCUGUUUGUUUCUUUGUUUUCAGUCUUUAGUGUUUGCAGAUGUCUGUUACUCUUCUCUUCUCCCAACACCCAGCAUCUUUUUCACCUGCACACAGGAAGGAAGGAGGCGAGGGAAGGAGGGUGGAAGGGAGUAAGAAAAGAAGGGAGGAAGGAAGGAAGUAAAAAGAUAACUGCAUGGAGAUUAAAGAACUCAGUUGUGUGCUCCACAUUAGAAGUAUGAUACAAUAUUUUCUUGUACUAUCAACGUAUUGAAGUAGAUUUUACUUAACUGUGUAUUAUAAAAGGAGAUAAUUGAUAAUGAAACAGUUCAUCUUUGUUUUAUACAGGCAUAAGAACAAUGAAAUGUUUUAAAGGAAAACCCUGUAACUGUUGCUGAGUGAGAGCUCUGUUAACAAGUUUCACUUUAUUUACAGAAAACAAAAGCUGAAAAGGUCUAUUCUUUAUGAUCUUAGUGCUAUUACACACACCAAACACAAACAAUAUUAUUUAAAACACUUAAGUGUUAGUCACACAAGCUUGAUCACUGGUCAUAUCAUCAUCAGCCUCUUCUGCUGACUUGGGUGAAGCUAACAGCUAAAGCUAAAAGGUAAGUCUGCACAUUUGUUGCUUGUUGCACUGCUUUAAUGGUGAUAAUUAGUUAUCCUCACAGUUCUCACAGCAAAACUUUACAUUAAGAUUUAUUCGACCCCUGAACAACACAACUUAACUGUAGUGAAUUCAGUUAGUCAAAGGCCAAGCGAGGUGGUGUGGUGGGUCUCGUACACUUUGAAUUCACUUUGUGCCCAAGUGGACCAAAGACCACAACUCAUAAAUAUGAACUGAAAUAAUAAUACCAGUAGUAAAAUGACACACCAUGUUGAAAUUUCAGAUCAACAUCAAAUUUCAACAGGCUCAUUAAUUCCAUCAGUGGGUGAAACUGGUAGCACAACUCAUCAGAGACGAUCGUGGCUGUGAACGGCUAAACCUCCCUUCUUGGGCUUAGCCCUUAGAAAAGGAAAAGUAUCAGUUGUAGUGCAAACAUCAGCAGCUGUCCCAAGACAAUCAUCAGGAACCGUAAACACACCAAAGCUGUUGCAGAGAAAACAUAAGAUUCAGUUUUAUUCAAUUCAAUUUUAUUUGUAUAGUGCCAAGUCAUAACAUACAUUAUCUCAAGGCACUGUACAUAGACAACAUCAUGGAGAGCAGAUAAUCCCAUCAGUUCACACAAUGAUCAAAUAAUAGGCAUCAGUGGAGAGAGAAAAACUCCCUUUUAACAGGAAGAAAUCUGACAGAACCAGGCUCAGAUGUGCAGUCAUCUGCCCUGACCGGUUGGGGUGAAAAGAACCUGUGAUCCCAAGAGUCUGCUCCAAUCUCUGCAGUAGAAUAUUAUGAUCAAUGGUGUCAAAUGCAAAGUAUAGAAACUAGACCAUUAUCUAAAGCCAAGAGAAGAUCAUUACUAACUUUAACUAGUGCUGUUUCUGUGCUAUGGUUUAAUCUAAAACCUGACUGAAAAUCUUCAAACAGGCCAUUAAUCUGCAAAUAUUCACAUAAUUGAUUAGCAACUGCCUUUUCUAAGAUUUUAGAAAGAAAGGGAAGAUUAGAUAUAGGUUGAUAAUUAGCUAAUAUAUCUGGGUCAAGGGUCACUUUUUUGAGAAGGGGUUUAAUAACUGCUAUUUUAAACAUUUGGGGCACAUAUCCAGUUAAUAAGGAUAGAUUAAUUUGAGUCAAUAUAGAGCUGUUAAUUAAAGGAAAAACAUCUUUAAACAGUUUGAUGGGGAUAGGAUCUAACUGACAGGUUGAUGGCUUGGAGGAUGAUACUAGUGAUGUUAACUCAGGGAGAUCUAUAGGGGAGAAACUGUCUAACUGUGCACCUGGUGCUUUUAAAGCGCUAAAGAUGAGUCAGUCCCAAUAUGAGGGAGGAGAUGAUCCAUUUUUCUCUAAAUGUUAUUUUAUUCACAAAAAAGUUCAUAAAGUCAUCACUGCUCAGUGUUAAAGGAAUAGAUGGUUCAGUGGAGCUGUGGCUCUGUGUCAGCCUGGCUACAGUGCUGAAAAGAAACCUGUGAUUAUUCUUAUUUUCUUCAAUUAAAGAAGAAUAAUAGGCAGCUCUAGCUUUGUGUAGGGCUUUUUUGUUUGAUAGUUUGUUUUGUUUUACAGAUAACUAUAAGAGUCGGAUCAUCAGAGGGAGGAGUUGUACAGUGUAAUGGCCACAGGCAGGAAUGACUUCCUGUGGUGCUCAGUGGUGCAUAGAGGCGCAAUUAGUCUCACGCUGAAGGUUCUAGUCUGUUUGACCAGAGCGUGGUGGAGAGGGUGAGAGCCAUGCUACAGUUUCGCCCGCACCUUCGACAGCAUCCUCCUGUCUAACACUGCUGUCAAAGUGUCCAGCUCCACCCCCACAACGUCACUGGCCUUUCUCAUGAGCUUAUUGAGUCUGUUAGCAUCUGCUACUCUCAGCCUGCUGCCCCAGCACACAGCAGCAAACAGAAUAGCACCAACCACAGACUCAUAAAACAUCCUCAGCAUAGUCCGGCAGAUGUUAAAGGAGCGGAGCCUCCUCAGAAAAUAGAGGCAGCUCUGUCCCUUCUUGUAGAGGACUUCAGUGUUCUUAGUCCUGUCCAGUUUAUUGUCUAUGAACACCCCCAGAUAUUUAUAGUGAUCAACGAUGUCCACAUCAUGCCCCAGGAUGGAAACUGGGGUCAUUGGUGCCCUGGCUCUCCUCAGAUCCACCACCAGCUCUUUGGUUUUUGUUGUGUUGAGCUGGAGGUGGUCCAGCUCACACCAUGUGACAAAGUUGUCCACCACAGCCCUGUACUCGGCCUCCUCACCAUUGCUGAUAUAUCCAACUACAGCAGAGUCAUCAAACAUGGGAGCCAGAGGAGGUGUGAGAAGUGGUCACAAAGGUUUAGCAGGUCAGGCGACAGACACAGUCUCUAUGGGGUUUUUAAUUGGUGACUGCUCGAAAAGAAGCACAGAGAAGCGUGUAAGUCUGCAGCUCUGUGUCCUGGUCUCAGCUCUGGAUUGUCAUGGGUUUCUAAUAAACUUCAAUAAACUUCUAGUAUGUAACUUCA